AUGCCAUUUUCUUGUUUCGUUUUCUCGCAAUUUUUGCGCUUUCUGCGACCUGAGUUUUUUCUCGGAGACGUUUCUCCGCAAGGCUCUUUGAUUUCUCGCGAGUUCUCUCUGGGUCCGACUGCGUCUCUCGCUGUUCUGUGGGAUGAGAGAUUUCUCGACGGUUUUCUCUCCUCGGCUCGUCUGUGCCUUCUGCUCGACGACGCUCGCAGACUCGGAAGAACAUCGAGACGCGAGAAAUCCUUCGUCUUGAGCUCUCGAGGCGACGAAACUGUACGUUCACCUCAGGGAAGGCAAGUGCAUUCGCCUGGCUUUGCGCCGACCGUCGACAACGAGACUGCGAGCGUCGCAUCUCACAUCUCUCGCGCGCCGAGAGUCUCGUCAAAACUGCAUUGCUCCUGCACUCUGCGCCCUGUUUUUUUCUCCGCUCUCUCUCGUCUGUCCGACUUUGUUGUUUCCUCUCUCUUGUUCUGCGUGUCUUGCUCUUUCGCUUCCUCUGCUCUGCGUUCGCUGCCUCGCGUCUUCAGCUCUCGCCUUUCUCGCGCCAUGCCGCGUUCCAAGAAGCGCGGCGGCGCAGCCAAGCCGCCCUCAGCGUUCUCCUCUCUGGUGUCGGAGAUGAAGGAAAUCCCUUCGCCUCGCUCGCGAUCUCCGUCGGAUCCGGAUUCUUCUUCUCGUCCGUGUGCCUCUUUUCUCCGGUCUUGCGAGGAAUCUCUUCGCGAAGAGGCGGCGACUGCAGCGACAACAGUGCCGCAGCUGUCGGCUGCCUCAUCGAGCUGUUGCUCGCGCAGCAACAGCUCGUCGAUGCAAACAGCCGAAGGUCGAGUUGUUGCGUCUCCCGAUCUCGCAGAAGAGGAAGGCGUUUCCCCGUCCAGGCGAGUCCACAGUUCGCAGAAGCGCGGCAACGCAGGCGUCCACGAGCGACGCGCGGAGGCGACCUGCUGUGCGCCGAGGGACAGGCAUGGAGGAGACCGACCUGCUUCGUCAGCGUCUUUCCUCACCUGCGAUGGAAGUUCGCGAGAGCUCCGCAUGCAGAGCCUUCUGCCCGACGCGACCGGAGGUCGACCUGUCGCAGCAGCCGCUCACCUCGCGCCCUGCUGCCGAGUCCCGCCGAGCGACGCUUCCACACCUCGAAGCCGCCUAGGCCAGGAAGGCCUCGAACGCGAACUGGCCUCCUUUCCCGAGGUCGACGAACACUGGCCUCACCGCCUCGCAGAGACGCACAGCGCAUGCAGCCGCGGCCAUCGCAACCCCCGUGCAGUCCAAAGGCACAGCCUCGGCGACUGCGGCCUGAGGGGUGGAGACACCCGACGAUGCUGCAGCGGAGCAGAGAAGGCGAGACGGGAGAGCUGCUGCGAGGCCGACCGGACGACGGAGGCCGGAGAAGGACGCGAAACCGGGACUCAGCGCGCGCGGAGGAAACUCGUCAUGGCCUCCAUGGUCUGCUGCGUCUUCAUGUUCGUCGAAAUCGUCGCGGGCGUCCUCGCGAACUCCCUCGCCCUCAUGACCGACGCCUCGCACCUCCUCUCCGACCUGUGCGCCUUCCUCAUCAGUCUGUUUGCCCUGUGGGUUUCGGAGUUGAAGGGGAAUCCGUCGAUGUCUUUCGGCUACCACCGCGCGGAGAUUCUGGGGGCGUUGCUCUCGGUAUUUUUGAUCUGGGUGUUGACGGCUGUGUUGAUCUACGCGGCCUGUUUCCGGCUGGUGGAUCCUCCCCAAGUCGACGGCGAACUGAUGUUCUGGACGGCGCUCCUCGGGACUCUGGCGAACCUCUUCAUGACGCACAUUCUGAAGGUGCAUUCGCAUGGCAUCGGGCAAGUCCACGCGCACAGCUGCUGCGGCGAAGAGACCUUCGAGCCGCUCCGGAACCUCCAGGCCUCAAGCAGCAGUCCCGAGAAGCCGGAAGAGAGUCCGGCGUCACGGGCCUCCCAGGCUGGACGUCUCGCCUGGGAUCCUGAGGUUUCCCCCGCCGGACGCGACGCAGAGGCCGGACGCGACGCAGAAGCCGGACGCGCCGCAGAGGCCGGACGCGACGCAGAGGCCGGACGCGGUGGAGAGGUAGGACGCGGUGGAGAGGUAGGACGCGACGCAGAGACCGGACGCGGUGGAGAGGUAGGACGCGGCGGAGAGGUAGGACGCGGCGGAGAGGUAGGACGCGACGAGAAGCCGCGAAGGCCUUUCAGCGCCAGCAGUGCAGGAAGUACGGCCGCUUCUGGGGACAUCUACGUCCGUCUCGAGGAGGACAUGGACUCGGAGAGAAACUACGAAAACAUGAAUCUCAGAGCUGCGUACAUCCACGCCCUCGGUGACCUCCUUCAAAACAUCGGAGUGAUGAUCGCCUCUGCCCUCAUUUGGUGGCGGCCGGACUGGGCUAUCGCCGACCCAAUUUGCACCUUCAUUUUCUCCAUCUUUGUUCUCUUCACGACACUGUCGAUCCUCAAAGAAGCCUUGAACGUCUUGAUGGAGGGAACGCCUGUGGGGAUCGACGCGCGAGCGCUGCAGGAAGAUUUGCUGCUUCUUCCGGGAGUCGUCGAGGUCCACGAUCUGCAUGUUUGGUCGCUCUCUGUGGGGAAGCCUUCGCUGGCCUGUCAUGUUGUCGUCGAAAAUGAAGACGUCGCCAGGAGCGUCUUGAGGAAGGCAACCGUUCUUUGCCAGCGCAAGUACGCGAUUCUUCACACGACAAUUCAGACGGACUUUUCGUCGGACAAGAGGACCUGUGAAACUGAGGCACAUCAGAAGUGCAGCGAUCCCAUGAAAGUUUUCCGCCGCUAGCCUCGGACGUCUCUCAGGCUCGAGUGUGCGGAGCAUCAAGAGUCCGCGGUCUCCGCGAGUUUUUUCGCGUCUCUCGCGAAUCGCCACAGGACGCGGGACGCACGGUCGCCAGCUUGAACGCUGCAGAGGAGCAGUGUUUUUCUGACUCUUCUUUGUAAAUUCUCGCGAGUCGAUAAGUCACGUUCCUCCGGCUCCGCCUUCGUUUCACUGUUUUAUUGCUCCCCUUCUUCUUUUAACGUAUGCCCUCGCGCCGCCUCUGCCUCGGCAGAGACCUGCGGAGCUUCCUUUCGCGUCGCGCUUCUUCUGUCGCGGUCGCCUGGAGGAAGGCGACUUCUGUACGCGAAUGCAGCGACUUUGCGAGACCCAGACCUCGCCGCCAGACUCGCGAACUCCUUCGCAAAGCAAGCGGUCCGGAAAGUCCGUCCUUUUGUCUGCAAGCAGUCCCGCCGAUGUCCGCCGCUUGCCGCUCUCGGGGGCGACGCUCGGUCCGUGAGAGAGAAGGAAAGUUGCGGGGACAAAGAAAGGCAGGCCUUGUCUCCUCGCCUCGAGUUUUCCGGCGGUCAAACGCUGUGUCCAGGGAUGCCCUGCGCAUAUGCGUCGCCGAACGGCAUGUCUCUUCAUUUUCGAUUUUUUUAUAAACUUUUUUUUGUGUGGCGAUGUGUAUUUGUGCGCAAGCGUCGACGUUCGGACGCUCGCGUGUAGAGUUUCCGACGUCGAUUUGCGUUUCCUUCCUGGCGUCUUCUUCGCGAUUCGCGGAGCACGAGUCAACUUCGAUGUCCCUCUUGUCUUUCCUUGCAUGCAACCAAGGCCUCUCUCGGCAGCUGCUGUCAUCUGUACAGGUGGUUCAAACUGGGACUGAGCGCAUGCAGAGCUGAGUGUCAUGGCCAAACGGAAAUCCCGCUAAGACUUUCGAAACUUCGAAACUGCUUCCCCG